AUGCACCCAUUUAUAAAUAAUCAAUGUAUAACUAUUCUAGAUAACGCAUUAGCAUCACCAUUAGGACUUGCUGCAUUGAAUUAUUUUAAAUCUUUCAAGUUAAAUUACGAAAAUGUUUUUCCAAUUCAAAAAAUUCAAGAAAAACUCAAGAAGAACGAAUACAAAUCAAUAACAGAGUUUGUAGAUGAAGUUAAAGAAACAUUUCUCACAUCAGCUCGUUCUUUGAAUUCAGAUUCAGAAAUUUCAUUAGCAUUACAGACAAUAUGCAAGAUUAUAUGCAACAAAUCCUUACAACUCGAAGGAUCAACGCCAAACCAAUUUCAAUUCAAUAUUCAACAAAUUUCAGAAAUUUUAAACAAUAUUCUUCCAUCAAUACCAGAUAGCAUGGAGGAAUUAGAUAAAGCCCUCAGUUCUCAAGAUUAUAUCCCAAUUAACGAUAAUAUUCCACUUUUGCCAAAUUUAGGCGAUGAUGGCACACCUGUUGAUCCUAAUGAGAUCUAUGAUAAAUUACUGAGACUCCCAACAGAUGACGAUGUUUCUAAAGUCAUUGAUAUAGUUGCUCACUAUGAAAGCGCUUAUUCUCACGAAGAUUGCGUCAUGAAAAUCGAAUUGGCUAAAUGCCAUCAGUACACUUUGAGGCUAAUUAAGAACUACUUGGAAAAUGUAGAAUUACUUGAUGAAGAUACGAUUCAAAAAACAGAAUAA